CCUGACACGAAUUUCAUGUCGAUGGUUGUCGUUCUACAGAGAAAAUUUAGCUAGUGAGCCCGAGUUAAAUAUAUAACGUGAUCAUAUUAUCUUCCCCCGACCGCGUUAAAUGUGCUUAGCUAGUAAUCGGCUUCACUGUAGCAUUUGGGCUCUGACUAUUACCUGGGGUUCUGCCAUUAUCAGUUUUCAUAACGGGUCCCCCAAACCCCGAGAACGUUCCAGUUCACCUCCUCCAGUCUCCGAGCCUGGCAGCAGCACUGUUUGGACGCUUUAGGGUGUUUGACUGUGCAUCUUCGAGAGCCAAAAAAAACCAUUAAGAAACCCUGCUGCAAUCAAUACAACACCAGCACCAGCCAUCGACCACCGUUCACUGCGGCUCUUGGACGAUCAGCGUUGUGUUUAUGUCUUUGUUUUGCAAAAACGAGCUGUUGCGCAGCUGUCGGAACCUGUGUGGUGGAAAUCUAGCCUUCAAGCAAGGAGCUUGCGGCCACAGCGGCACAACGUUUUUCAUGUCAGAGACCGAGCACGCUUGCAGUCGUUUAUGUCAUCCCCUCUUUUCCAGACAGAAGAUCCCGAAAUAUCCCCAACUAAGAUCCUUUUAUUUUGCUGAUAGUGUUAACAACCAGCCAAAAUGUCUGUCAACGUCAACCGCAGCGUGUCAGACCAGUUCUAUCGCUACAAGAUGCCCCGUCUGAUUGCCAAGGUUGAAGGCAAAGGAAAUGGAAUCAAGACGGUCAUUGUCAACAUGGUUGAUGUUGCCAAGGCAUUGAACAGGCCUCCAACAUACCCGACCAAGUUUUUUGGUUGUGAACUUGGCGCUCAGACCCAGUUUGAUACCAAAAACGAUCGUUACAUCGUCAAUGGAUCCCACGAGGCGAACAAGUUGCAGGACAUGCUUGAUGGGUUCAUCAGAAAAUUUGUGCUGUGUCCCGAGUGUGACAACCCUGAAACUGAUCUGCAUGUCAAUCCCAGGAAACAAACUAUUGGCACAGCCUGUAAGGCCUGCGGAUACCGCGGCAUGCUAGACACCAGACACAAGCUCUGCACGUUCAUCCUCAAAAACCCACCAGAAAGCUAUGACAAUGGAUCUGCAUCUGCACGGAGAGAGAAGGAGAAGAGUAAUGAUAGUGGAUCUGCAUCUGCAAAGAAAGAGAGGGAGAGGAGGAAAGGCAAGAAGGACAAGGAGAAUGGCUCUGGCAGCGGAGAGGCCGGGAACCAUGACAACAUUGACGCCCCUCAGGCUGUGGAUGGGGAUGAUGAUGACGAAGACUGGGCAGAGGAGACUACAGAGGAGGCACAGAGGCGGCGAAUGGAGGAGAUCAGUGACCAUGCCAAGAACCUGACGCUCAGCGAGGACCUGGAGAAACCCCUGGAGGAGAGGGUCAACCUGUUCUACAACUUUGUAAAGCAAAAGAAGGACAGGGGAACCAUUGACGCAGCUGAUAAGGAGAUCCUGGCUGAGGCAGAGCGUCUGGAUGUCAAGGCCAUGGGUCCCCUUAUCCUCAGCGAGCUGCUCUUUGAUGAGAACAUCCGUGACCAGAUCAAGAAAUACAAACGCCACUUCCUGCGAUUCUGCCACAGCAACAAGAAAGCCCAGAAGUACCUGCUGGGAGGCUUUGAGUGUGUCGUGAAGCUGCAUCAGGCCCAACUGCUGUCACGAGUUCCCAUCAUCCUCAAAGACCUGUACGAUGCUGACCUGCUGGACGAGGACGUCAUAAUUGCCUGGGCAGACAAGGUUUCUAAGAAGUAUGUCUCUAAGGAACUUGCCAAAGAGAUCCAUGCCAAGGCUGCUCCUUUUGUCAAAUGGCUGAAGGAGGCUCCGGAGGAGAGCGAGGGCAGCGAGGAAGAGGAGGAGCAAGAUGAUGAGAAUGUGGAGGUGGUGUAUUCGCCCUCUGCCCGCGAGCUCCAAGUGGAGACUGUGACAGCACAAACGCCUGAGAAAGAAGAGGAGGACAUUGAUAUUGAUGCGAUCUGAGAGACUCGGAAGAUGAUUAUGCUUUUUUGUGUUGUGGCUUUGACUUGCAAUGUCCUGUACGACCUAAACAACUGGCCUUUCCUACCUUUACUACCUACCCCCGCCCUCACCCCCUCUGCUUUGUGGCAUGACUUAACUUAGCGCUUGCUGCACAUUAUCUCAGUAAUUUUGAGAUGUAUUCAGUUGAUGAUAUGAAGUCGCUUUGGAAUUUUAAUGAUGGGUGUUUUGGGGAUGAUUUUGACUGCACACUUUUUUCUCUCUUUUGGUCCCUGUAUUUUUCCAGUCAAUAAAGAAUGAAUGUUUUGCUAUCCACUACA